CUGUACUUUAUUUUAAAACAUGACGCUCUACAUAUGUGAAUGACGUAUUUCGUUAGAUGUUCGUUGCUAUAAAAGUGUGACCAAUACCAUCACAAACACACUCAAGUUAGACGCAAUCAAGUCUUUUGUCAACACACUGCAGUUACAUAUUCCAUCAAGGACGUAAACAAAAUGGCCGGCAUUCACGUGGAUGCGGCUGCAGCUGCUGGGUUCUUGCUUGUAAGUCUCCUCUUCGCUCUCACCAGUGUCAACACUAUCACAGCGAAGCAAUCCGAGGCUAUUAUUGACAACAUUCCGUACGGGAGUACAUUGGUGGCCUUAUCAUUGGCAAUCCUACUUACCGGUAUGACGUCACCCUUUCCGCACAAACAGUUGCUUCAGUCCGUCGUUCUUUGCCUGGCAGUACUCUGGUCAAGCGUUGGGGUUAAUCACAUAUGGACAGAGGUCAAUUACUCUCAGAAUCUAUCCUCAGAGUAUUACGUAUCUUCUCAUGAGGCCUUGUUUCCGGGUUAUGGCGGCCUAAUGUUGGUAUUUCUCGUUUUCCUUGGUACAUCUCUAACUAAUAGGGACUUCCGGUCAUGCGCAGCAAUCUCAGUUAUAUGUUUGGUCCUGUUUACAUUUGAAAUAAUCAAUAUGUUUGUUAGUGUACAAGGAACCGGAGUUCUCCAUGUUUUAUUAACGUUGAUUUUUCUUUAUUUCUGUCUCUCAAAUAUUUCGACGCAUUACAAACGCUCAAAUACAAUAUCCCCUGAUGAUGCUAAACUCAAAUCAAAACCGCAAAAAAAUGCCGUUUUUAAGGAUCAUUUAGUUAUGAUGUAUGCUCUAAAUGUUGUCUGUUUUACAAUUUUUGCUAGUCACGUAAUCAAUAUCAUUUCUGAUACGCGCUUUUCAUUUCCAUGGUUGCUAACCUCCGGUAUCUUCCAAGUUGUCGUCGGUAUUGCGUCCUUAAGAAAAUCGGAUCCAAACAGUUCUGGUAAUGUUGUAAUUUUCGGAUUAUUUUGGAUCGGCGUGGGAUCUAGUUUAAUGGUAGAAAAUUAUUUAUGGAAAGAGAUGAAUUUCAUUGUUCCUACUUCAGCUGUACUUGCUCUGAUUUUUUGUCUAGUUUCAAUAGUUGAAAUUAAAGUGGAGUUGUUUAGGUCCCUGUACUUCGUGAUGAUGGCGAUGUUCACCAUAUCUUUGGGUGUGGAUGGGUUACAGGGGGUAUUUGUAGGGGUGAUGGGAUGGGUAGGAAUGGUUCUCUCACUCUAUGGUUUAGUAGCCACUACUACACGUUUGGCUGAACUGGAAAUAACAUUUCCAUUGGGUAAUAACAUCAUGGAAAAAGAGAAAGUCAAACAUUUAUUUUCAGUUUUUCAAAACUUAGGAAAGACAAGAAAAACAGAAGACAUUUGGUCAGAUUCUAAUAAGCUCUCAGGAGACAUCAUGCUAGGUUAUUCAAAAUAUGUCGACUCUCAAUGUGUGGGAUUCGCAGCAAAUGCUGUGGCUGCGUUUUCUCUGAUAUGGAUACCGUCGGGGUCGGAUCCGUUGAUCCUGCCGUGGACCGUAGGUUUUGGGGGUCUGAUUCAGUUUGCUGUUGGUUUUGUUAGUUUCUCCAGGGGGCUGACAUUUGAAAGCUGUUCUUUUCUUCUCUAUGCUAGCUUCUGGUCAAUCUGGGGGUCUGUUCGAGCUCUAUCGGUUAUUGAAGGGGCAGAGGGACCCCCUUUAGUGGUCGGACUGGUUGGUUUCCUGGUAAUUGGAGUGCUUUUUCUUGGUCUGUCUACCACUGUUAGUAAAAUAUGGAUGAUGACUUCCUCGGUCUUUUGUCUUCUUGUUGUCGCGUUCAUGCUGCAUGGUCUUAACGCAAGUAACUAUGGCGGGUUUGAGAUUGCAGUUGCUAUAGCCUAUGUCUUGAUCUGUACAUAUGGAGUUUUGUCAACAACAUUGAGGAACGUAUGGGGGAGGGAUAUUCUUCCGGAAGGCAAACCCAUCCUCCAAGUCAGCAAGCUGUACUCGGAUCGCUCCCAGGCGGUGUUUAUGGAUCCUAGACGGGCGACCGGGGUAAAACAAGCAGCUGAAAUCCUGAAAGACGGUGGUACAUGCGGGAUACCUUCUGACACCGUGUACGUGUUUGUAGCGGCGUGUAACCAGCCACAGGCAGUAGAGAGAGCUUACAACUCCAAGAAAGACGCCGAGGAUCGCCCUAUGUCGGUGUGGAUCUCUAACAUAAAACAGAUAGAGAAGGCGCGCGCCGAGCUGGGGGAUGUCUGCUGGAACUUCAUGCAGGAAGUGUGGCCCUCAAAUAUCAGUUUGGUACUCAAGAAAGGUGAGUGGGUCAAGUUAUUGGGACUAGGAGAUUCGGAGAGACUAAUAGGCAAACCGGACAGUAUAGCAAUACGAAUUCCGGAUAAUACUAUCGUGUGUCACCUCAUUGAUCAGACGGGUCCAAUAGCCGUGACGUCAGCAAAUCCCACUGGAGAAGCGGAUACUACCCAUCAUCUGCAUGUCCUAGCCAGACUGGGGGUAAAACAUUGUGACGGGAUUCUUGCGGACGGGCCAUCGCCCGAAAAUGCUGCUUCCACUGUUGUCGACUGCCGGAAAGUGGAAGAGGGGAAGAUCGGGUUCUUCCGCAUAGGUCUGACUCCGAAGUCAAUAGUGGAGGAGAUGUUCAAUAAAGCCCGAAGUAAAAAAUGUACAUGUAGCUCGCAGGACAACAUAAGUGACAGCGGUACAUCCUCAAUCGGCCUUGACAACCCUGGUUUUGACGAGUCUGACCUCAACCAGGAAAGCGAUGUCCAGGCAUUUGUACAAAGUCCCGCACUGGUGCAUUCAGCGAAAACCAUAGGGGGCAAACUAAAUGUUAGUGAAAGUCACACAAACCCAAUAUAUGUCGAUACGAAAUAAAAUGUUCAAAACGUCUGUAGAAAUAAUAUGACACUUAUGUAUGCAACAUAUAUUAACGGUAUUACAGAUUCCUUUUUUUGUGUAACAGACAUUUCGGGUAACUCUAUCAGGCUGAGAGUGAAGAGUGUAGAGAACGCGGUGUAUAUUUCACUGAUGAUGUUUGUACCAAUUGUUCAUUUCAUUCAUAUUGAUAUUGAUAUAUAUGUGUGAAGGAAUACCUGUUGAUCCUGACUUUACCGAGACGAUUAUCAAGGAUUUGUUGUUCAUUUGCAAAUAAUUAAAAAAAA